GUAGAUAAAUGUCUCCUCCGCUAUUGAAAUGAAGCCUGGAACAAGACCAUGGAACCGGGCUCAACUUAUUUGGUGCUGUUGCGUGGAACUAGACAGUUUGAUCAAUAUCUGCUAUGGAUCACCUACCGAUGACGUUUCAAGACGGUUUCAGGUUUAGAUCCAAUGGUGAUUUUUGUUUCCAAAACCUUGUUGUAAAGUUUCAUCAUGGAUGAAAAAACGGUGGACAGAAUAUUUGCUGGUUGUCUAGAGGACUUACCUCCGGUGAGUUCCAAGAUUGUGCGCAUCUUCACGAGUUCUACGUUUACAGACAUGUUGAUGGAACGUAACACUCUCAUGGAAUACGUGUACCCCAAAAUCAAGGAGUAUUGCAGAGAAAAACAUGGGUUGGAAUUCCAGGUGGUGGACAUGAGAUGGGGCGUGAGAGAUGAGAUGACAAAUGAACACAUGACCACCGAGCUCUGCAUGACUGAACUUACCAAUUGUCAGCGAUUGUCCAUGGGACCGAAUUUUAUUUACUUUGGAGGACAAAAAUACGGAUAUCGACCCAUACCCACUUACAUCAUAAGCAGCGAGCUCGCCAUGUUAAGAGAGGUCCUCGUGACCAUGGGAAAUGAUGUCAGCCUUUUGGACAAAUGGUAUCGCACAGACUACAAUUCUGUUCCCCCAGAGUCAAUUCUUCAACCCAUUGAUACAUAUUUGGUACAUUUCUUGAACAAACGGGUUCCAAAAUUGCAAGCCAGAGAUUCGGGGAUCUGGUGGGGAACCCUGUACAAGAUGCAGCUCAUGCUCCGGAAAGCUUCUCACACACUCUAUGUGAACGGCAAGAUGACUCAUGAGCAAUGCCAUAAUUACCACAUGGCCGUCACUGAGAGAGAGGUUAUCAAUGGAUGCCUCAGCGUGUCCAGCGUCAAGGAUCAUAUCAUUAUCUACACAAGAAUCAUAAACAAUAUCAAUCUUCAGAAUCUAAAGCGGGCGUCUGCUUUCAUCGACAUCAAUGACAGGAAAGUUGAUCAAGAGGCAGUAAAACUUUUAGCUCACUAUAGGGAUGAACUCUUGCCCCAGAAAAUGAAGGAGAAUAAUGGAAUCUAUAAACGGUACAACGUGGAAUGGAUUGGGCGAGAAGGAUUAGCCACCGAGACCCACGAAGAAUACCUGAACGACUUCAUCAACAACUUUUACAAGAAUGUAAUCAAGCUAGUAGACCGAGCCAUGCGCAAGGAGGACACUUCAGCCCAGGGGAAAAUCAUCACUGAGAUCCUCCAACAUCUUCAUGCCUGCAAGAACUCUGUAAAGGUCUUCUAUGGCCGAGUGGAAGAAUUGGAACAUCUCAAGACCUACAUUACCGGCGUGUCGAAACAACCCUUUGUACUUCACGGAGCUGGCGGUUCAGGCAAAACUGCCAUGUUGUCCAUGACCGCGUGUAAGAGUGUCAACGAAUGGUUGAGCCCGGCCAAACCACUCUUGAUUGUCAGAUAUUUGGGGACCACGCCAGAUUCAAGCUCCCUGGCCCCGUUAUUAACAUCCAUAUGUCAGCAGUUGUCUUAUACAUUCAUGCUUCCCUUUGAGGAUAUUCCCGAUGACCUAGUUCCAUUAACAGCACACAUGAAAGAGCUCCUUAAUCAGGCUACCGAGGAGCAACCUUUGUUGAUUUGUUUGGAUUCCGUCGAUCAACUCAUUGGGUCGCAAGAUGGAAACAAGAUGUCUUGGCUCCCAACAAAGCUACCCAAACAUUGCAAGAUUAUUGUCUCUGUCACUCGAGAAGAAAACAACCCACUUCUUUGUCAAGACUAUGAGCUUCUAACUAAAAUGAUAGAGGAGAAGCAGAACUUUUUGGAAGUCAGGGCAUUGGGCGAGGAUCUAGCUUGGAAGGUGAUCAAGUUGUGGAUGGAGGCUGCAGGCAGGGAUUUGAACAACUACCAAUGGCGAGUAGUGGCGAACGCUGUGGCUAAAUGCUCCUUGCCAAUCUUUUGCAAGCUCGUUUUUGCUGAGAUAUGUCGGUGGAAGAGUUACUCUAAGCCUCAGGACACGUAUCUGGCACACAGCGUUAUGGACAGUAUUUUCUUACUCUUUGAGAAAGUCGAAACAAAGCAUGGAUGGUUUCUAGUAUCACAUGCAUUGGCUUAUGUCACAGCCGCCAAAAGUGGCGUGUCCGAAACAGAGUUGGAAGAUCUGAUCUCUUUGGACGACAAAGUUUUGGACGACAUCUAUCAAUACCAUUUACCGCCUGUGCGGAGAAUUCCGCCCCUGCUUUGGACCCGGGUCCGGAGCGACUUGCCAGGUUAUCUUUCAGACAGCGAGGCUGACGGCGUGAGUGUCAUCAAUUGGUACCACAGGCAAUUCAAAGAUGCUGCUAAAAUCCGAUACUUUACCACUGACGUGGAGACUAUCUACUUCCAUUCCAUGAUGUCAGACUUCUUUCUUGGCAAAUGGGGUGGUGGUACUCCCAAACCGUUCAAGUUUACGGAGAUUCAGAAGCAUAGGUUUGGCCUCAAGAGUAAGGACAGCGAGGCAGAUCGACAAAUCCCUGCCAUGCCUCUGGUGUUUUACACCAAGGACGGGAAGAUCUCGAGAUACAACUUGAGAAAAUUUGGAGAGCUCCCUUACCAUUUGGUGAGAUGCCGACAAUUCGAGGACUUGUACUCCAAUGUCUUGUUCAACUACCAAUGGCUGUACGCCAAGAUGUCAGCCUGUCCACUGCAAGCCGUUCUUAGUGAUUUUGAGGAUGCCUGCAGUCACGUUGACGACAAGGAUGCUAAACGAGAAAUAAUGCUUGUGGCCGACUCGUUACGUUUAGGUGGCGCCAUUCUAGGCCAAUAUCCGGAUAUGUUAGCGCCGCAACUCGUCGGGCGACUACUCUCCGAAAUGAAAUCAAACAAAAAUAUCAGCAACCUCUUACGGCAGUGUGACGAAGAGGGAUUGCUCCAAAAUGCCUUGGUCCCAACAUACCAUUGCAUGCAUACUCCAGGCGGACCUUUGAAGUAUUCUCUCGAAGGCCACCAAUUUGCAGUAUUUGGGUUCAAAUUGACGUCUGACUUUCGUUACAUUGUCAGUGUUUCCAAUAAAUUCAUCACUUGGGAUGUUUCAACAAGUGACUUGGCCAGACAAGUCCAUCCGGGAGUUGAAGGGCUGAUGAUGGAUCUUGAGAUCAGCCCUGAUAAUCGGUUUGUUGCCGCUUACACCAACAAUAACCAGACGAUUUUGCUGAACAACCUCAUUUCCGAGUUCAUCAUCAUCGAUAACCCGUUGUCCAAGGAGAAAAAUGAUGCUGUCCAAGGCCUUUGUCUUUUGGAUACCAAUGUCAUUGUGUACGGGCAAUUUGGUUGGGUGAUUUUUGAUAUGACGGGAAAGGAGCUGCAAAAUAAGCAAAUCUUUCGCGACUCUCCCAUUCUGAAGAUGAUAAUGGUUUCCUUGGAGAAUUUCUCGAUCCUGUAUUGGUCCGGCGAAGAGGGAAAUCUGGAGAUGAUUGUCGAAACCUAUAAAGCCGGGAAAUUGGGAGCUCCAAUGACUUUUUACUCCGGCAUUGCCUUGAACCAAGAGCAAAGCAAAAUAUGGCUUUGCGAUGACGAGGACUGUCUCGUGCUCUCCGAAUUCACUUGGAAGAACAAUGGCUGGAGCAAGGGUAGAGAGUUCCCGGGGAACAAGCAUCCUUUGCUCAUGAUUGAGCUCUCCAUGGACGAGAUUUUUGUCAUAGGGACUUUCAUGACCGGAUUUCAUCUGUGGCGAACCAAAGACGAGAACGAGUUCACAAUUCUGAAACUGCCAUCUGGGAUCCGGAAUAUCUCCACCAAAAUGAACAAGUCAAACUCUUGUGUGCUAUCGUCUGGUCAUGUCUACGCUGUGGCUGGGAUAAGAAAGGAAUUGUACAUUUGGAGUAUGCACAAUGGUCAGCUGGUCAAGUGCUUGGAUGCUCAUUUUGCUCGGAUCAUCGAUAUUCAACCUUUAACCAUUGGCUCUUGGAACUCUGUCAUCACAUCGUCCAUUGAUCGCACCGUCAAGGUGUGGAACAUGAACUAUAUCUUCGAACAGGUUCACCACAUUGACAGGCACGAGCUCCAAAUCGACUCGGUAAGCCUUUGCACACGGUUAGGCAUUGCAGUUACUGUCACUCGAAACUGCAUCGGGAUUUGGGACCUUCUCACAGGUAAACUACGAUCCAAAUUAGCGGACUCUGCUCUUGGUGCCAUUGUCACACAGGCCUUGGUAACGGCAAAUGGCGACUUCAUCAUUGCCGCCGAAUCAGGAUUUGUCUUAUUCUGGAAUGUCGAGAAGAAAGUGGUAACCUUUAAGGAGGAGCAAAAAGAUAUCCUUCAAGUCAUGUUCUACGAGGAUGAGCUUAAGUGCAUGGUUGUAUCAAAAGUUGGAGUCGUUCCAGAUUUGAAGGCCAGGGCUGUAUCUAGGACCUUCCCUGAGGGCGAAAAGAACUUUGAGUUUGAUUUCCCCUAUAAGCAGUACAAGAGCAUUAUCCUCACAUCAGACGCCCAGUUUUUCAUCGCCUACGGUUUUGAGAAGACCAAAGAGAUGCUUUUUGUAUACCACGCCGAAACUGGCGAUUUCCUGCACAAGAUCUUGGUCAAGUAUCCCAAUUUUAAAGAAGUCGCCAUGAUUGUGGCGCUACCAGAUAAACCUGGUCACGUGGCUUUGGUCGAUUUGGAUAAAGGCAACAUCAUGGACGUGAAGAACAAAAAAUACGUCCGAUCCAUCCCUCAAUGGGGAGGGCGAUGCUCCAAAGAUGGUCGUUACGGCCUUUACGCGCCCUCUCGGGGUGGACUGGACAUGCUUGAUUUACGCCAUGGAACGGUUGUUAAGACCCUCAUCCCCAAGAUCGCCGAGGGCAUAUUCAACGUUAUUUGCAAGUUUAACGAGACCAAUGAGUACAUCCUCUACUAUCACAGUGGAAGAAAGACAUUGCGGAUCUUUCGCGUGGCUGAUGGCGUGAUGAUCGCCAAUUAUCGGGUGCCAUCUGACCUGAGUUCCCUGGAGAGCACCACAGAUGGUAACAGUGUGGUUCUGGGGAUGGUGGAUGGUAAUCUGACUGUGCUCACCAUUGCCGAUCCUAAGAAAGCCCACAUAAAAGAUUAUUUAAAACAACUCCCUUCACGGAAUCAAGACAAAGAAGAGACCAAGGAUAUUGGAAGAAAGACACCUCAACAAGGCAGAACCCCAGCCGUCAAACGAAAAGAAGUCGGAACAAGUGAGGAGUAAAAAACCUUUUUAGCUUUAGGACCCACAAGUCAUCAUGUAAUGGUAUGUCUAUAUACUGUAGGCAAAUGCUCGUCAUUACGUACACUUCAUUAGUCAAUAGCACAUAAACUUUGUUCCACAUGGAACAGAAAAUAUUAUGUAUGGAAAGGGACAACAUGAGAUGCACUCUAAGAGAGAAAUAAAGUUACGACGAUUGCUUGAA